UCCAGUCGCAUCUCUUCCGUGAGCUGUGAGCUGCGGACUUUAGGAGCUUUUUAACAUAUUUUUGAAACAUUAUGAUCAUUUUGAACUAAGAAACUAAAAACUGCAUGCCUGUUUUGUUUCCACCUGAUAGAGUCGCAGACAAUCAGUCAGGAUGAACAGAGACGCAAAGACUUUGCCCCGGAGCCAGAAACAACCCAGGACGCACCAGCAGGUUCCUGUCCAGAAGAGGAAGAAAGAUCCGUCUUCUAAAGACCAUCAAAGUGGUUCUUUAUCCAAAGACUCAGCUCAGUCUGACUCUGGGAAGGAGGUGAAAUCUGCGGCGCUGCAGGGAAAACGACCGGGGAAAGUGGCACCGGUUGUCCCCGCGGAGGGCCAGCGGAGCCCCGGCGCGCAGAGGAAACUGUCCGAUGCCAGCAACGCUUCAGAGGACCUGAGCAAAGACUCCGGCUGCCUGUCUGGGAAACUCUCCUCCUCAGACAGCAGCUCGGAAAUAUCCGAUUGCCCCUCGGAGGGCAGCAAGCAAGACUCUCCGAGCUGCGACAAUGAAUUAAGCUGGAUAGACGCUGCAGCUUAUGUGAGCCCGGACAGCGAAGGGAAAGGAGACGGCGAACAGUGCGCAAAGGCAGCGACGGAUACCUGCGCCCCGACGCCUGAUGCUGCUGGAGGGGGUCUCAGCUUGUUUAACUCCUCUGGGUCGUUUAUGGAUCUCAUGAUGGGAGAGACAACCGAGGAUCUUUCCAGGGAGGUGGACGAUUUAAGAUCAGAAAACGAGUAUUUGAAAGAUGAGGUGGAGGAGCUCCGCUGUGAGAUGCUGGAAAUGCGUGACAUGUUCCAGGAGGAGGAGGUGUACCAGCUGCAGGAGCUGCGGCUGCAGCUGGAGCAGGCCAACAAGACCUGUCGCAUCCUGCAGUACCGCCUCCGCAAGGCCGAGCGCCGCAGCAUCCGGGUGGCCCAGACGGGACAGGUGGACGGAGAGCUGGUCAGGAGUUUGGAGCACGAUAUCAAGGUUGGGAAGAGUGUGUCCCUCCGGCUGUACAACGAGCUGGAGAUGGUGCAGAAGAAGAAUUCCCAGUUGGAGUGGGAAAACGAGGCGCUGCGAGAGAAGACACAGGAACUGGAAGUGGCAAAGCAGGUGUUACAGGCUGAGGUGGACAAAGCCAGAGAGAGCACUCUGAAGAAGAAAAGCAUCCGAUCAACAGUCAGUAAGUCUGAGAAGAGGCUCUCUCAACAGAUUGAGGAUGACAGCGCCGAUCUCAGGUGCCAACUCCACUUUGCCAAAGAGGAAUUAGCUCUAAUGUGCAAGAAGCUCACCAAGUUGGUAUCAGAGAGCGAGGCCAUGCGCGAGGAGCUGGCCAAAUACCGCUCAGCCUACGGCGACAUAGACGUCAGCCAAUCGCUUGAAGGCAAACAAAACUCCGCCCACACCAGGGAGGCAGAGGUCAAAGUUCACCUGAAACUUGUGGAAGAGGAGGCCACACUCCUGAGCCGGCGCAUCGUCGAACUGGAGGUGGAGAACCGUGGACUGCGGGCAGAAAUGAGCGACCUGAGAGAGAAGAUGGGAAGAGGAGGACGGGAAGAGGAAGAGGAAGAGAAUCAGGAUGUGUUGGAGGAAAAUAUGUCGGCUUCCACGCCGUUGAGGGAAAGAGAGGGACGGGAGCAGAGUUUGAAAGUAGGAUGCACAAUGUACGAGCAGGGUCAGGACGAGGAAGCAGAAAAUGGCAAAAGUGAGACAUUUUUGCUUUGCAACCAAUCGCAGACUGAAGGGACAAUUACUGCCUGUCAUAUUACUCGAGAGGGUCCUGUGGGUGGUGAGUGGGACCCUUCAGACAGUCCUGAGAAUGAUAACAACAAUAAACUCGACAGAGGUCUCAAAGGAAUGACAGUGAAAGACUACGAAACUCUUUUAGCUCUCAGAGAUCAUUCCUGCAUUUUGAGUUCAGCCUUCCAACUCCUGUCGACACCGCCAAAGAAUGGCCACUGCUCAUCUCCCUCGCGUGCUUUCACCUCUACGACAGAGGUGGCACAGAAGAUACUCCUACCAGGGCCUUUGAAUGAGGCUUUGGAGCUUCUACAGGCCAUGCUGUUGGCUUUUAUUGGGAGGGUGGAGACGCUUCUAACGGGAGAUUUACUCUCCGUUCAGAAGGAUGGACGUGUUCGAGAUUCCUACACUUUCUCCUUUCUCUCUGGAGACUGUGCAGAUCACGAUCAAAGUGAGCAGGAGUGUGUAGAAGACCUCCGCACCACAGAGGUAAAGGAGAGAGAAAAACAAACGAGACAAGCAACCUCCUUCCAACGAGACCUCAUCCACAGCAGCAGGGACCCAAAAAUGCGACUUUCCUUGCAGAUUCUGUGGAUCCUUCAUCAGUGGUGUCAAGUUAAAGGACCUGGGCUGGAGGGAAAAGAGGGUAAAGACAAAACCUUGUCUGUGCUGCGGGGGUUGCUGCAAGACCUCGACAAAGAGCUUCGGGAUGAGGCCAAGGCCACGCAGGACAAGGCAGAUGAGGGUGCCAUCAGCAGUAUCUUUCUCAAUGAACGAGACUCUGGAGCUGACAGAACUUGCAGCUCAAAAGAGAAAAGACUUCGGAGGCAGUUUUCUUCACGCGGCUAUACGAGGAAGAACUGGUGCUAUCUGAGCCAGGAGGCUGCCCAGCUGGACCAAGAGGACCCCGUUAAGACGUGGGACCAUCUAAUCAUGCCGCUUAGCUUCCCUGAUCUUGACUUUGAGCAGAUGUCCCUGGAGAGAAGCCACACUGCCCCGGAGAAGUCGGCCUUCCGCAUCUACUACAGCCCCCCGUCAGCUCGCAGAGUCCAGCUGGCUCAGCUGAAGCAAAGCCCUGCCGCAGACAGAGAAUCUGUCAACACGACCUCUCCCUGGUGCACACCGCCGACCUCCUUCUCUCCGCUCUGUCUGGGCUCAUCUGCUAACCUAAGCGACGACAUGAAGGAAAUGACGGCCAGCUGGAUGCAGACGGUUCACGGCGGUUCACAGGAGAAGAGAGGGAGACUGCAGGGCCGGUGGGUCGACGUGGCCUGCGCAGGUACUCAGACCCUCAAGAAGCCACAGAUGGUGAGUGUUGGUCAGCAGACAGAUGGGACACACGGGUCAGUCUCUGUGAGAGGGAGUCCAUCCCGAGUCCUGAGCAACUCCCUGGUCUCUGCACGCUCUCACCACAUCUCCACCUCACUGGACGCGGUGCCAGGCAGAGUUGAAAGGUCCAGGGCCUCCACCUCCUCGCCUAAACUGUACCGGAGACACUCUGCGUCUGGUGCAUCCUCUCCCCCCUCAUCAACCAAUCUGUCCUCCUCAUCUCCAUCUACUUCUAGAGAUCGAGCUCUGUGGAACCUGAAUCACCAAAGCCACACUGGCCUCUCAUGGACUCGACAAACGAGUCACAGAGCAAGUGUGGGACAGACCCACAGCUCUCUGAGCAGCGCCAAGCCUCCCAGCAAAUCUGCAGGGGCCAACCGUUACGGCAUGGUCACAGAGUUCCUGCGCAGGGUGAGCGGCCGGGUAGAGAAGCCGGUACCGGUGUCUGGCCAGAAGACAAAGAGUGGUCUGAAGAACCUGGAACGUGUUCCAACGAGGCCUCCCGCCGCUCCGCUGCACAGGAACGACAGCGUGACCAGGAUCGUCAACCAGAGGUUCAUGAAACAGAGAGAGGAGGCCGGUCGGGCCCAGAGGGAGGAGAAGGGGAGCAGCCUGAACCACGGAGUCCGACACAGCACGGGCACCGUCACAGCAGAGGAUGGAAACUACGACUGCAGCUCCAGCAGCACCUUGACCUUCUGCUUCUCUCGCCCGUCUCGCUCCAACCAGAGACAAACAUCAACCCAGAGCAAACUCCAGCGACACAGAUACUCGCCUCCAGUCAGCGCGGCUGCAGACUCCAACUGUGAGUGAACGGGGAGGACAAACAGCAGUUAUACUGAUACCUCUGGACAGCUGAGUGCGGUCAGAGCCACGGGGGAACGGAUAUAAAAUGUAAUGGUUCAACUGGGAAAACUGGUAGAUAAUAUGUGGGAUGUUUAGGAAAGCUUAUAGCUGUGUUUUCUUUUGGUGCAAUUCAUUACUCUCAUCACUUUUUAUAGAUGGGUUUAAUCUUGAUUUCAACUACUACACACUAAAAUGUAACAGAUUAUUCAUUCAUAUUUACAGUUUUAAACUUUCUGCAAAUUAAUUUUAUAUUAUC